UUGGAGCUAAGCAGUGUGGAAAGUGGGUGAGGAGAGCGGCGGACAGGCGGACUGAUGACAGCUGUCAGUGCGGACAAAAACACUACCAAUUUCUGAAGAGAAGCCGAAUGGCUUUGCCUUAAAACCUUCAGGGGAAAAGGGACAACACCUGUGCAGAGUCGCGGGUAAUUUAAAGUCGCGAAGGUACUUGCCUACAGUUUCGUGUAUUUUCUGGCCUUGCAUAUAAUUGGUGGAGCUACAGUUGCAGAGGCAACAUGGGGACACAAGGCUCUGGUAGAAAGCGUGCCCCUCUUAAAGAUCGAUUCUCAGCAGAGGAUGAGGCCUUGAGUAGCAUUGCCCGGGAGGCGGAGGCCAGGCUGGCAGCGAAGAGGGCAGCUCGGGCGGAGGCCAGGGAUAUUCGAAUGAGGGAACUCGAACGGCAGCAGAAAGAGCUUUCUUACCACUCAUCUAGCAGUAGCAGCAGAAAAUGGGGUCAGAUCCACCAGUGGAUGGCUGACACAGAAAAAGCCAGAGCCUCUAGUAGUAGUAGAUCCAGCAGCCGUCAUCACCGGGGGCUGGAUGAUGAUGUCAUGUCAGUCCGCAGCUACAGGUCAACCUCAUCAGCUAUACGUGACUUGGGCUCUAAUAAGAGUCGACCCAGUUCCCGUAGAAAAGGCGCUUUGUCCGACAGCCUUUCCACUAUCUCCUCCCUCAAGACGUCCCGCUCCACUGUAUGUACCCGUGUGUUGAUGAUCCAUUUAUCACUGCCUUACGCUUUUCUGCCAGUCACUUUGUCUCAUUCAAGUUGUUUGACUUAUUUUUUCUGGACUGAACAGAGUUCUGUGUACAAUGACCUGCAUGGCCAUAAAAAGACUUCAUCCAGGAAGGACCUGCUGGCUGGACUGUACCAUGAUAAAAGGAAUUACACCAGCCUAACGAAGACCAAACCACCGCCUCCACCCUCCACUUCCACCUAUCAGCCACGGGCCACCACUUCCUCGUCCUCCACCAUUGGCAUGGGGCUGCCUCGCAGCUACAGCAUGGCCUCUAUUUACGACGACACCAGCCUUUACGGCUCAGGCCACAGUUCAAGAGCUCCCUCUGAAUAUAGCUGGUACUCCUCUGGAGCCAGCUCCACUCGCAGCAGCCCUGCGUCCUCUUCAGAUGAUGACACUGUAAGCAGCAUAUCCCAGGAACGCUUCCGCAGAGGCCGCAGGGACAGUGCGUCGUCUGACUUCUCGGACAUUAGUGAGUCGGCUGCUGAUUAUUUCAGCCGCUCCAACCGAAGAGGCAGUAUUGUGUCUGAUCUCGAUGAUUUGAGCAUUCCAGAUCUGGACGCUCUGGAUGAAAAAUGUGACAAGCAGUAUACAGAUUAUAGUCGGCCGUCUUCCCGCUGUGCCACCCCAGGCCUCUCAGCAGCCACCCUAGCAUCACUGGGUGGCACCUCGUCACGACGGGGCAGCGCAGACACCGGUAGCGUCUAUGACCCCGACACCAGUCUGAGUGAACUUAGGGAUAUCUAUGAACUAAAGGACCAGAUUCAGGAUGUAGAGGGGCGAUACAUGCAAGGGCUUAAAGAGCUGAAGGAGUCACUUGCAGAGGUGGAGGAGAAGUAUAAGAAAGCCAUGGUAUCAAACGCACAGCUGGACAACGACAAAGCCAACCUCAUCUAUCAAGUGGACACACUAAAGGAUGUCAUAGAGGAGAUGGAGGAACAAAUGUCAGAGAUGAAAAGGGAGCUGGAAGACAAGUCAAAGGAACUAGAAAGGCAAAAGCACACGUGUACAGUCCUACAGCAUAAACAAGAAGAACUGAAAGAGGGAAUCCGCCAGAGAGAUGAGCUUAUAGAGGAGAGCCAGCGAAUGCAGACUAAGUUAGAUGCCCUCACCAGAGAGGUGUUUGACCUGCAGGAAACGAUAAACUGGAAGGACAAAAAGAUUGGGGCCCUAGAGAGGCAGAAAGAGUACUUUGAUUGCAUUAGGAAUGAGAGAGAUGAGCUCAGAGAUGAGCUCGCUGACAUCAAGGGGAAGGCCAAAGCAGGAGAGAAACAUGGGCUUGUCAUCAUCCCAGACGGAACACCAAACGGAGAUGUCAACCAUGAGCCUCUGUCCUCAGGGAUCACUGUGGUCUCCCAGGAGGCCGCCCAAGUGCUGGAGUCUGCAGGAGAGGGCCCGCUGGAUGUCAGGCUACGGAAGUUGGCAGAGGAGAAGGAUGAGCUGUUGGCUCAGAUCAGAAAGCUGAAGAAUCAGAUGGAGGAGGAGAGACAGAAACACUCAAAGAUGGACAGUGCGUACACAGACGGGGAGAGGAUUGAGAACGGUACAGACCUACACCUUAUUGAGAUGCAGAGAGAUUCCAACAGACAGAUUAGUGAAUACAAGUUCAAGCUUUCUAAGGCGGAACAGGAAAUAGGUACAAUGGAACAAAAUAUUAGCAGACUUGAAGGGCAAGUUUCCAGGUACAAAGCGUCAGCAGACAACUCAGAGAAAAUAGAAGAUGAACUAAAAGCAGAAAAACGGAAACUUCAAAGAGAGCUGCGCACAGCUCUAGACAAGAUCGAGGAAAUGGAGAUGACCAACAACCACCUAGUAAAGCGCCUUGAAAAGAUGAAGGCCAACAGGAACGCCCUUCUGUCACAGCAGUGAGGCAAGGCAGCAUCACCACAGAAGCCCUUAAACUCGCACCUCAGACCUCUGACUGCCAUAUUGUGUCUGGAGCACAUUUCCUUUUUUUCAGCUGUAACACUUUAAGAUUUGUAGCUUACCAAAAACACUUACAAAACUUGUAGCACAGGCAAAAAAAACGGAACUGUCUUUUUUUUUUUUUAAGGCAGACGUUGGUUUUGUCUGGCAAACCGCCGGUAUUUUUGGAGAAAUGACUCAGAAACUUAACUAAUAAAACUGUAAAGUUGCUGGGAGAUACAUCUGAGGAAAUUUCUCUAGUCACUACUUAAUUUUUCAGAGCUUUGUACUACAUCAUGUUAUCCACAAGAUUUUCUCUCUGGCUGGGUGCUUGGCUGUAUUUAGUUUUGUUGUUGUUUUUUUGUUUUUUUUGAUAAGUUGCAUGAAUGAGUAUAAUGCUUUUAAACCCACACGGCUGCUCCGGCCCCGCACUUUCCCAGCUUCCCUCACACAGUGAAGUGCCUUUUCACACAAGGAGACUGGGGAUCUGCACUGCUCAACGAAACAAUAAUCGUUUUAACAGGUACAGAAUGAUGUAUUUAAAAAGGUGCAGUCAUUGUUUGAAAAUAUAUAGAACCAACUGUGUCUGCUGCGGUUUCAUUGAAAUGUUUCAAAUAUUUAAGAUUUCUUGAAAAUAAAUGUGUAAUUUACAGAACUGUUUA